CAACCACCCCGCAGAUCAACAAACUGGACAACGGCUGCAUCUUGCAUGCUACUUGACACCUGCAGUCGCUCGACCCUGAAAAAAAAAUAUUCCAGUCGCUUUCUAGGCAAUUGCUUGUGCUUGUUCUGGUCGCUCUACUGCCUCGCUCUUCCCACUCUCCUCGCAGCGCCAGCUGCUGCCCCGCAGUCGUUCAUUCCCAGUCGCGCCCAACAUGAACAACAUGACAGAGUCGAAUGGAGAUGGCUUUCAGCUGCCCGUUCCUCCUCCACCACUCCAUACUCGCGGCAGCGACAUGGAUCGACCAGGCACGCCUCAAGAGGGCUUCACCAGCCCACAGCAGACGCCCCAAGGCAGCCCAAGCAAAUCCCACCAGCCGCCGGGCGCCUUCGAUCUACCUCAUGUUUUCGAGAAUGCCAUGAGACUGUUGCCGACCAUCGGCUCUCCCUCCAAGUCGAAACCCGGGACACCCACCUCGCCCAACAAAGCAAAGUUGCAGACCGGAGAUGACGUCGACUACUCUUCCCACGACCUCACCACGCUAACUUCAGGAGGCCCUCCACGCAGGUCGAACAAGGAGAACACGCCACCAAGUAGCCGUCUAGGCCUGCAGAAGGAACCUGGCCAUCUUACCCAAGCCGCACAAUCGCGCCAAGACCCAUACCGGACGCGCGAGGCAGAGCAAUCGACGCGGUAUCUACACGGCCCGCAGCGUCUCUCGGCCGAGGAGCUGGAGAAGGCCAGGAAGCCAGCAGUCAAGCGUCUUGCCAACGUGACUCAGCUGUACUUCCUCGACUACUACUACGAUCUCCUCACCUACGUGCACACGCGUCAGAACCGUCUUUCUCAAUUCAAGGCUCAGAAUCCUCUUCCCCCUGCAACACAAGCAGCAGAGUACAAUGACGCCCUCACACAGUACCUGGGUCGCGAGCGAGCCAACCUGCGCAAGCGACGUACUCGACUAAGGCAGGGUGAUUUCCAGAUUCUGACGCAGGUUGGCCAGGGAGGCUAUGGACAGGUUUACUUGGCCCAGAAGAAGGAUACGCGCGAAGUGUGCGCGUUGAAGGUCAUGAGCAAGAAGUUGUUAUUCAAGCUGGACGAGGUUCGCCACGUCUUGACUGAGCGCGACAUUUUGACCUCCGCUAAGAGCGAAUGGCUCACCCGCCUGUUGUAUGCUUUUCAGGAUGACAAGAGCAUUUACCUUGCCAUGGAAUACGUCCCCGGAGGCGACUUCCGCACGUUGCUCAACAACACUGGCGUACUGCACAACCGACAUGCGCGCUUCUACAUUGCCGAAAUGUUCUCCUGCGUCGACUCUCUACACCAGCUUGGAUAUAUUCAUCGUGAUUUGAAGCCGGAGAACUUCUUGAUCGACAGCACAGGACACGUCAAGUUGACCGACUUUGGUCUGGCAGCAGGUAUACUUGCACCCGCAAAGAUUGAAUCAAUGCGCGUCAAGCUAGCGUCGGUCAGCGACGUAAUCGCGCCAUUUGGACGUCCUAUCGAAGAGCGAUCGGCAGCCCAGCGUCGAGAUAACUACCGUUCCCUUCGCGAACGAGACGUGAACUACGCAAAGAGCAUCGUCGGAAGCCCAGACUACAUGGCUCCCGAGGUGCUAAAGGGCGACGAGUACGACUUCACCGUUGACUAUUGGAGCCUGGGAUGCAUGCUAUUUGAAGCCCUGGCCGGCUACCCACCGUUCGCUGGUGCCACAGUGGAUGAGACCUGGCAGAAUCUGAAGCAGUGGAAGAAGGUGCUACGCAAGCCCGUCUACGAAGAUCCGUCCUACUUCCUAUCGAAGCGGACUUGGGAUCUUAUCACACGACUUGUAGCAUCGAAAACAUCGCGCUUCCGCGGCAUCUCUGAGAUUCACGCACACCAGUAUUUUGCUGAGGUCGACUGGACCAAAUUGAGAGACAACAAGGCCCCAUUCGUCCCAGAGCUAGAUAGCGAGACUGACGCCGGGUACUUUGACGACUUUGGCAGCGAGGCUGAUAUGGCCAAGUACAAGGAAGUGCAUGAAAAGCAGGCUGCCUUGGAGGCCAUGCAGGACCGCAAUGAUCAGAUGGGCAAGGGUCUAUUUGUUGGCUUCACCUUCCGUCACAAGAAGACGGCCGACGAGAAUGGCAAGCCUUCAAGUCCAAGAAAGCCACUGCCCACCGUCGAUGAGAGUUUCGGUACCAUCUUCUAGAGUACUUUGAUCCGUUCUGCGCCACAGCACUGGUUGCGUUGGCUUUUCCUUACCCUUCCCUACCCUUCACAUACCAUGCAGGGAUCAUUUGAAACACUUGAAUUUUUUGGUUUGAAACGAGUAAUGAGGCGGACAACUGAAGCGACGGUUACUGGAAUAGGGCACGAUGUUAUCGUUUUGCGCUGGUUUGAUAGAUUUGGCGUUGGGGCUAAGCAUACGUCAGUCCGGGUGAAGG